AUGCGGUUCUCCUCGGUGGUGAGCGCAGUCUUCGGACUGUGUUUUCAUACGUCUUUAUCUUCCGCACAACAGUCGAACCUCACCACACCAGAACUGACGCAGAGGAUAUUAACGGGCGACUUCAAGCCUGCUCCGGUCUUCGAGAACACGAACCUCGUCCGGACCAUCAAUCUUGAAAAAGGGUAUGUUAGGGAGACAACCAACGUCCUGGUCACCAACACAGACAAAAACCCUCAAUCGGAGUAUUAUAUCCCCUUCGAUUAUGACUUGGUCGGGAAGAUUGGCGGGUUUGACGCCCGGGACAAGAAGCAUGCAGAGCGAGGGCCGUUGGAAGUGACCAUUGGCACUCUGGCCGGUGUAUCUGAUGCAAAAGAGCCAUCGUCAUCCAAGUCGACCCAAUACUAUAUCAUCCAUCUCACGGAGCCCCUACCCCCCAAGGGUGCUGUCACUCUGUCCAUCUCCUACCACAUACUGGAAGCUCUACGACCAUUACCGGCGUCCAUCAAACAAGAAGAAAAGCAAUACCUGACCUACUAUUUCUCGGCCUACGUUCCCACCGUCUACCCGACCAUCAAACAAAAGACCAAAGUCAAGUUUCCUUCAUCAGAUGUCCCCGAAUACACGACGACAAGCGGCCUGACCUCAGCCGCUGAUCCAGAGAAACAAGGCUCUUCAUUCUCAUACGGGCCUUACGACACUGCAAAAGUCCCCCCCGGGACAGUCUACCCAGUGACGGUGCGCUAUGAGUUCAACAAGCCGCUUCUGGUGUGCAGUGUGCUAGAACGAGACGUCGAAGUAUCUCACUGGGGCGGCAAUCUGGCGACCGAAGAACGAUACUGGCUUCGCCACGACGGAGCUAGACUGGCAAACCAGUUUUCUCGUGUGGCAUGGAGCACGCAGAACUUCUACAUCAAUGCCGGCCAAAUGACGACUUCUGCACUACGAGAACUCAAGGUCCCAUUGAAACCGGGCAGCGUCGACGCCUACUUCACCGACGAGAUCGGCAAUGUCUCGACUUCUCGCUUCCGACCUAACAAUGUCCGCGAGGCCAGUCUGGAACUUAGGCCGCGGUACCCGCUCUUCGGUGGUUGGAACUACACUUUCCGGAUCGGUUGGAACAACGAUCUCUCGUCGUCUCUACGCAAACUCCAGACUCCCGCCGACACAUACAUCCUGGCUGUCCCAUUGGUGGAAGGUCCCAAGAACCCUGAGGGUAUUCAAUACGAAAAGCUCGUGUUCCGCGUCAUCCUGCCGGAGGGCGCGACCAAUGUCAAAUACCAAACCCACGGCGGCACGGGCGUGCCCACCCUCCAGGCCGAGCAUGGUCUGCAUAAAACGUUCAUGGACACGCUUGGUCGUACGGUGCUCACGCUCACGGCGACCAAUGUUGUUGAUGAGGCAAGGGAUGUCACUGUCUUGGUCACAUACGAGUACACCUUUUUCGCGGCAUUGAGGAAGCCCCUGACGAUCUUUGCGGGAGUGGCAGGCGUGUUUGUCCUUGCGUACCUGGUCGGAAGUAUUGAUACUAGUAUUGGGAAAAAGCAGAAAUGA